AUGGGAAUGCAGGACAGGACAAUCCCAGCUAAAUCACCGUCACACCAAAGCGUCUGGCUUUGCUCUUCUUGCUCAUCCAAGCGAGUGUUGACAAGCACUGCUGGGGAAGCAGUAGCCCCCGUGUUAGCCCUGCCUGCUGCUGGAUCUCUCUACAGAAGGACGGCCACGGAGAUGGGCAGCCGCCUUCAACUGCAGCCCACCCAGUGUCCGGAGAAGACUCCCACUAGAGAAUCUUGCAAACAUUGGAAACUAGAUGAACAGCAUCCUCCGCCGUCACUUCGGCUAAGUGGCACUAGGCAGCACAUUGCAUUGCAGGUGGACGAUACGCACCUUUGCCGUUUCCCAUGCAGGAAGGAGGGUGCAGCUGGGGUGAAGGACAGGAUGGCAGAUGCACCAUUGGGUUGGUUGCGAUGGGUAAGGCUCCUGUUUGGACGUGAAUUCCCACUUCAGGACCUUCUGGUUGUCUGGGAUGCCCUGUUUGCUGACAGUAUCACCCUGAAUUUAGUUGACUACAUUUUUGUAGCCAUGUUGUUAUAUAUUAGAGAUGCCUUGAUUUCAAGUAAUUAUCAAACCUGUUUGGGACUUCUGAUGCAUUAUCCACCUAUUGGAGAUGUUCACUCCCUUAUCCUAAGAGCACUUUUUCUCCGAGAUCCAAAGAGAAAUCCAAGACCAGUAACUCAUCAAUUCCAACAAAAUUUAGAUUAUUACAAAGCACGUGGAGCAGACUUGAUGAACAAAACUCGUGCCAGUGCUAAGGCUGCCCCGCUGAACAUUAACAAAGUCUCUAACAGCUUACUGAAUUUUGGCCGAAAGCUCAUUGCUCCGGCUAUGGCUUCAGGCGGGGCUGUGGGUGCUCCUGCCGGCGGGAGCAGCUUUCCUCCCCCUGCGAUGACGACCAGAAGCACAGUGGAAGCCCCCCAGCACCACCACCACCAGCACCACCACCAGCACCACCACCAGGCACAGCAGCAGAGGAUGAUGAAGUCGGAAAGCAUGCCGGUUCAGCUGGGCAAAGGGGAGGCAGGCGCCGGCAGCGAUGCGGGGCUGGGGGGCCCUGGGCAGCCCCCCCCUCCCCUCCCAGGCCAAAGUUCAAAAAACAUCAGUUCAUCUCCAAGCAUAGAGAGCUUGUCUGGAGGACGUGAAUUUACAGGAUCUCCACCUUUGUCUGCAUCAAAAAAGGAUUCCUUUUUCAGUACAAUCUCCCGCUCCCGUUCCCAAAGCAAAACUAUGAGCAGGAAAGAAUCGGAGGAGGAAUUGGAGGCCCAGAUUUCAUUCCUACAAGGACAACUAAAUGACUUGGAAGCCAUGUGCAAAUAUUGUGCGAAGAUGAUGAACACACAUCUUG